AUGUCCUGCACUUCAUCUCCAUCUCGCACUUCCUUUGGGGAGCAAACUAUCUUUGCUUUCCAAGACCUCUUCGUUCUUCCAUCAGAUGUCACUGCUGGAAGAACAUCUGCCGCAGAUGCCUCUCACUAUGGCCGCACCUUUACAUCUGGCAAUGGUUCUCCCUUCUACACUCGGGCCCUGAACGUUGGAGCCAAUGUCGACUUGCCAGGGAACAAUGGCACUGUCGAUGAGACUGCGGAUUACUUCGAUGAGGAGAGCAACGAGACGUACUCGUCCGCAACUUAUCCCCCAACCGAUAAGGAUUUACUCUUCUUCAACAACUCCACCCAAGCCCUUCCCAUCAUCGAGAGCGAUUUCUUCGAAGAUGCCGAUGCAUGCACCGACAGCCCCGUUGCUUCAUACCAGCCAGCGACCAAGGCCGAACAAGCGGAAGAAGAGGACAUCUUUGUAGACGACGUUCCCUCGUACGAUCUCACUGAGAACAUCGAAGAGGCACUUGAGGACAUUGAGAUCCGUUCGCAAGACAAUUACUUCUCGGCAGAGUUCUCGCAGUCCAUCGAGCAAGAGACUCUUCUCCAGGUCUGGCAGUACGAUUACCAGCGACACGAGUGGAUUGCACUUAAGUUCCAUCAACCUCCUUACACCACCGAGGCAUACAGUGUACCAUACACGACGGAACACCAAUGA